AACCCGGGAACCGUCUGGACUCCGCCACUCCACUAUGGCGCCUCGACUGGUCCUGCUCCUGCCUUGCUCUCUCUUCGCCUUUCUCUUCUUCUUCCCACCCACCUCCGAAGCCAUGCCAGUAAAAUUGCCUCGCCAGUACUUGCCGCCUCAGCCGGGAUACAUCCCCGUGUACAUCCAGGAUGGCGACACCCCGCCUGACGUAGAGUCCAUCUACGAGGUGCUGGACGGGCGCGGUCCCGCGGUGUCCGACGUGCAGGAGGUGCCCCAGAGGACCGACCUGGACCAGGGGCAGGAGCAGGAGCAGGAGUUGGGGUUGGAGUUGGAGGACAACGGGAUGGACACUCUGAGGGAGAGCAAGGAAGUGCUGGUCAGGCAGUUGACCGACUCCACCAGGGAGAACGAAGUACCGGGAGUGGGAGAGGCGGAGGAACUUCCCAAGUAGAAGUUCUCGUCUCCGAUCUAGCCACCUCUACCCACCGACCAAGAACAAAGAGAAGGCGUUGGGAACUUGUAACACCCUGAAACCUCUCUCUUCCGUCUAGCUAACAUUCGUGUUCUGCAUCUAGAACAUCUUUAGAAGAUUUGUUAUAAAACUCGUCACUUGUGAUUUAUUUAUUAAUGUAACCGUUAUCGUGUCGUCAGAAAAGCAAUGGUUGUGAUUAUUUAUUUAGUUUAAUCUAAAUUUAAUAAAUUAUUAAUAAAAUGAA